UAAUCGUUGUCGGCAUUAGUAUCCAUUGACAUUGAUUAGAUUGAAAAGAUAAAUAAAUUAAGAGUUAUUUAACACUUUUAUAAUAAUUAUUAGAAAAAUAGGAAAAACAUGGUUCACGUCUCCAAGGGAACAUUAAUUACAUGUGAUCAGUCAAUGAAACAAUUUUUAUUACAAUUGGAUCAAACUAAUGCUCUUGGAAAAAAAUUCAUUCUACAAGAAUUGGAUGAAGAACAUUUAUUUGUUUCAACUGAUGUAUUGGACACAUUGGAAGAUCGUGUUGACGAAUUAAUGGACCAACUUACUUUCACUCAAAAUUAAAACUAUUUAAAAUUUAACUUUUAAAAUAGUUUUUCUAAUAAUUUAAUAUGUCUUCUAAAGUAGGAAUGGGUAGGGAAUCGGGUAGGUUAAAAGAUGCAGAUAAAAAGAAGGUACUUGAUACAGCAACUAGGAAUCGUAGGGCA